ACAGGCAGGGUAUGCACUUUUCAUAACAGCGAAGAAACUCACGUCGUACUUCCAGGCCCAUCCCAUUGUCGUAUUGACCGACCUACCAUUGGGCACGGUCAUGAGGGAUUCCACUUCAUCGGGAAGGAUGAUCAAAUGGGCCAUGAUGCUUACCCAAUUCAACAUUAAAUAUCGUCCGAGGACGACGAUAAAAGGGCAGGCUAUGGCUGACUUUCUUGUGGAGAUGACGGGUCACCAGGAAGAAGAACCGGCCAGGGCCAUCACCGAACCUUGGUGGUCCAUGUCGGUAGAUGGAGCCUCUGGACCGAAAGGUUACGGGGGAGGCGUAGUAUUCACAACUCCGGAAGGGUUUAAAGUAUAUCAUGCCUUGAUUUUUAAUUUCAAGCUCACAAACAAUGAGGUCGAGUAUGAGGCGUUGAUAGGGGGCCUGAGAUUGGCCAAAACCCUACAAAUCACAUGCCUCAGGAUCAAGUCCGAUUCAAGCUUGGUGGUAGGCCACAUCAAUGGCAACAUGGAGGCCAAAGGAGAGAAAAUGCAGAAGUACAGAGACUUGGCAAGGACACUAUUGAAGGACCUGACUGAGUAUGUGAUGGAGCAAAUCCCUAGGGGGGAGAACACCGAUGCUGACUUACUAUCAAAGUUGACGCAAGCAGCCCCGGAGCAUGUGUCCAAGCUGGCCAGGAUUGAGACGCUGGAGAAAGCCAGCAUUAAGGGGUUUUCUGUUAGCGUGAUAGAAGAAGAUGGACAGGCCAAUCCAGAUCGAGUGGAGCCAGAUGACAUUUGGAUGGAUGAUCUGGUCAGGUAUUACAUGACCGGGCAAUUCCCUGAAGAUGAGGACAGGGUGAGAAAAGUAAAGUUGAGGGCUCCAAGAUUCCAAAUGCUCGAGGGAAGGCUAUACAAAAGAGCAUUUUGUGGUCCAUUACUAAGUUGCUUGACCAGGGCAGAGGCGGAAAGAGUGAUCGCCAAAGUUCAUGAGGGUGUCUGCACCGCCCACCAAAUGUCCAGGACGCUCGCGCAAAGGAUCAUUUUGCUAGGUUAUUUCUGGCCUACAAUGAACCAAGAUUGCGAGAGAUAUGUCCAGAGGUGCAAGAUUUGCCAGGUAUUCUACAAGUUUCCGGGAAGGCCUGCAACAUACUACCACCCAGUUUCCAAUGUUAUUCCAUUCGCAAGGUUUGGGAUGGACAUCAUUGGGGCCUUCCCUCAAGCUCAAGGGAGAAAGAAGUAUGUCAUGGUCGCUAUCGACUACUUCACAAAAUGGGUGGAAGCCGAGGCAUAUGCAACCAUCACAACCAAGCAGUGCCAGCGCUUUGUCUGGAAGAACAUCAUCACUCGGUUCGGGUCACCCCGAAACAUCGUGACGGAUAACGGGCCUCAAUUUCGGAAUCCAGGGUUCACCAAAUACUUGGACGACUUCGGGAUUACUCACAACAAGGCUUCCGUGGCCUACCCGCAAGGGAAUGGCCAGGUGGAGAAUGCGAACCGCACAAUAGUCGAUGGGAUCAAAAAGCGGUUGGGUGACGCAGGAACGAAUUGGUUAGAGGAGUUGCCACAUAUCAUCUGGGCUUACCGGGUCACUUCAAGAAGGGCCACAGGGGAGACACCCUUCGUCCUUACAUAUGGGUGUGAGGCCAGACUACCCAUCGAAGCUAAAAUAAUGACCUUUCGGGAGAAGGUCUAUGAAGAGAAAGGGAAUGAGGAAAACCAUUUGGCAGAGCUAAACUUGUUGGAAGAAAGGCGGAUGGUCGCUGAGGCUAAAAUGACGGAAUACCAGCAAGCAGCCAAGGCCUACCAUGAUAACAAGGUAGGGCCUCAUUAUUUCCAAGUGGGUGAUGAGGUCCUGAGACGAAGGGAGGCUAGCAAACCCGGAGACGGGGGAAAACUUGUAAAGAAAUGGGAAGGCCCAUAUAGGGUCACAGCAAUAUUACGCCCUGGGACAUACAAGUUAGAAACAAUGGAAGGUCGAGAGUUGGAAAGGUGCUGGAAUUCCCACCACCUUAGAAAAUUCUACCGAUAGGCCAAAUUGGCAGGGCAUGUAUUUGUAAUACCCCUUCGAUGAUAAAUAAUAGCUUUCUUCGAUACUUGUGUUGCUGGGUCAGUAAUACUAAAAUAAUAUGUCUUGAUGUAAGAAGCAAGGUCAAAAAAAAAAAGAAGAUAAACCCUU